GUAGGAUAUAUCAAGCAGGCCCCGCUCCUCAGAUUCGCCUCUAGUUCUAUCCCCUAGCUGACGCAGUUCAGGUGCGGCCACGUCUGCCAGCGCAGAAGCAGCACUCUAGAGAGAUCAGCAAGCGCACACUGCAGCUCAGGAUUAGGGUGGCCCGUGCUUGGGCCAUUGGUAGCCUUCUCUUUUCUGGAUUGAAGGGGCGUGAAAGUCUGUGCGUCUGUGGAUCAGUGAAUACCUUGUCAGCGAGGAGGUUUUCGGCGCAGAUUGUAGCCACCCACAUCAACGAUUGAGGUUUGACAUUUGCAAGGAGAAAGUGGAAAUAAAGGACGAGGAAAGGUUUUGGUGUUGCAAGGAUUUGUCUAGGUUGUUUGCUUCUGCUUCACCAUGUUGAAGCAGGUGGCGGCGCGGCUGCUGCCGGUCGCAGGCACCGAGCUCCGCGGGCGGUCGUUCCACACCAGCAGGCCUGCUCUGAGGAUCCUCGCAAACAGCGCUCCGAGUACCACCAGAAAUGAGGCUGGUGGACCUGCCGCCUACCCGAUUGUGGACCAUACUUAUGAUGCGGUGGUUGUGGGAGCCGGUGGUGCGGGACUGAGGGCCGCUAUUGGAUUGUCUGAAGGAGGCUUCAACACUGCCUGCAUCACAAAGCUCUUUCCGACAAGAUCCCACACGGUGGCCGCACAGGGGGGCAUCAACGCUGCCCUUGGCAACAUGAGCGAGGACGACUGGCGGUGGCACGCAUACGACACAAUCAAGGGCAGUGACUGGCUGGGCGAUCAGGAUGCCAUCCAAUACAUGUGCAGAGAGGCCCCAAAGGCGGUGUACGAGCUGGAGAACUACGGGCUGCCGUUUUCCCGGACGGAUGAGGGCAAGAUCUAUCAGCGCGCGUUCGGUGGCCAGAGCCUUGAGUUCGGCAAGGGUGGUCAGGCAUACAGGUGCGCGGCUGCCGCCGACCGCACCGGUCACGCCCUGCUGCACACCCUGUACGGCCAGGCGCUGCGUCACAACACGCAGUUCUUCGUCGAGUUCUUCGCUCUCGACCUGAUCAUGGACGAGGACGGCUCCUGCCGCGGCGUCAUCGCUCUCAACAUGGAGGACGGGACGAUCCACCGCUUCCGGGCUCACGAGACGAUCCUGACGACCGGCGGCUAUGGCCGCGCCUACUUCUCAGCGACGUCAGCGCACACGUGCACGGGCGACGGGAACGCGAUGGCUGCCCGUGCGGGGAUCCCCCUCCAGGACCUUGAGUUCGUCCAAUUCCAUCCUACCGGUAUCUACGGCGCCGGUUGCCUCAUCACCGAGGGCUCCCGAGGAGAGGGCGGUAUCUUGAGGAACAGCGAGGGCGAGCGGUUCAUGGAGCGGUAUGCCCCAACGGCGAAGGAUCUGGCGUCGAGAGACGUGGUGUCCCGGUCGAUGACGAUGGAGAUCCGGGAGGGGCGCGGAGUUGGCCCCCUGAAGGACCACAUCUACCUCCACCUGAACCACCUCCCCCCCGAGGUCCUAAAAGAGCGCCUUCCCGGCAUCUCCGAAACCGCCGCCAUCUUUGCCGGCGUUGACGUCACCAAGGAGCCCAUCCCCGUCCUUCCAACCGUGCACUACAACAUGGGGGGUAUUCCCACUAACUACCACGGCGAGGUGGUCAAUCCCAAGAAGGGCGACCCUGACGCACUGGUCCCGGGCCUGAUGGCCGCCGGCGAGGCCGCGUGCGCGUCGGUGCACGGCGCGAACCGGCUGGGCGCGAACUCGCUGCUGGACAUCGUCGUCUUUGGGCGGGCGUGCGGGCUGCGGGUUGCGGAGAAGCACAAGCCAGGCGCGUCCCACAAGCCCCUCCCCAAGAACGCCGGCGAGGCGACGAUCGCGGCGCUCGACCGCGUGCGCUUCGCGUCAGGCGACCUGACCACCGCAGAGAUUCGGAACCGCAUGCAGCGCGUGAUGCAGAACAACGCGGCCGUGUUCCGCACGCAGGAGACGCUCGAGGAGGGCUGCCAACUCAUCGACGAGACGGUCAAGAGCUACGAGCGCGUCAAGACGGCCGACCGGAGCCUUGUCUGGAACACUGAUCUCACCGAGACGCUGGAGCUGGAGAACCUGUUGAUCAACGCGUCCAUCACCAUGCACUCUGCCGAAGCCCGCAAGGAGAGCCGCGGAGCACACGCUCGGGAGGACUUCACAAAGAGGGACGAUGAGCAUUGGAUGAAGCACACCGUCGCUUUCUGGAAGGAUGGGAAGGUGGAGCUCGAUUAUAGGCCGGUUCACAGCCACCCCCUGGACGACGAGAUGGAGUAUGUACCACCAAAGGCCCGUGUGUAUUGAUUGAGCUUUGUUGCAAAGAGGUUGAGGGCAAGCUCGUUUGACCUAUUCAUAAAUCAUAAAACCAGUACAACAAAUGCAGUCACGAUUGAAGGACAAUGUUAUCAACUCACAUUUUGUGCAUUAGGCUUGCAACAAUACAGACGAAUCUGGCAAGCUAUUACUGUGACACAGUAACAAGCUUCUUAGCAGCAGUGCCGGCCACGAGCUUCAUGUCUGCACAUGCUAUGUAUGGUACAUUAAUUGAGUUAUAACAUCAACAUGUAGCGCGUUGUGUUGGUUUGAUGGUUCAUACCAAGUUCCCGC